AUGCCCCCCAACGCAAAGAAAUCAGUCUGCUUCGACGUCCUAGGAACCUGCUUCGACUUCCAAGGCGCCAUCGACCAGAUCGACCAACGUCUCGGACCGCAGAUCCACAGAGCCGGCGCGACCGCCAAAGCAGUCUUCUUCGGCUGGUUCUUCGCCGCCCAGCGAGAUUUCACCUACACCUCCCUCGUGGGGUCAUACACGCCCAUCGCUGCCAUUCUCAAAGCCACGUUCCGGAGAGCCUGCGCGGUGUGCGAUGUUCCCCUGGAGGCGAUUUCGGACGAGGAUGUGGAUGCCGUGAUGCAGGAGGUGAAACGAUUGGAGCCGCGACCGGGGUUGAAGGGGUGCUAUGAUGGGUUGAGAGGCGCCGGGUGGGAUGUGUACGGCGUCACGAAUGGGGGGAAGGAGACGAGUUUGGAGUAUUACCGAUUGGCUGAGAUCGAGCUGGAUGGGGACCAUUUGCUGUCCUGUGACGAGAUCCAGGUCGCCAAACCCGAGGCGAGAGUCUACGAUACCGCGAACCAACACUUGACGGCUCGAGGCCUGGGGCGGGAUGGCGAUGGGAGUCGUUGGUUCGUAGCGGCGCACGCGUGGGAUUUGAUCGCCGCGCGGAAAGCCGGGUUCAAGACGGCUUAUCUGACUUUCGAGGAACAUGAUCCUGUUACCGAGGUGUUCGGGGAGUUCGAUCUGUAUGCGGACAGCAUGGAGGAGCUGUUGCAAAAGUUGAAGGCGUUGUAG